UCCGGGGAGAGCGGAUAUAGUGAAUGCGGGGUCGGGGAGACCGAAUAUAGUAAAUGCAGGGUCCAGGGAGAGCGGAUAUAGUGAAUGCAGGUUCCGGGGAGAGCGGAUAUAGUGAAUGCGGGGUUCGGGGAGAGCGGAUAUAGUGAAUGCGGGGUCCGGGGAGAGCGGAUAUAGUGAAUGCGGGGUCCGGGGAGAGCGGAUAUAGUGAAUGCGGGGUUCGGGGAGAGCGGAUAUAGCGAAUGCGGGGUCCGGGGAGAGCGGAUAUAGCGAAUGCGGGGUCCGGGGAGAGCGGAUAUAGCGAAUGCGGGGGGGGGGGGAGAGCGGAUAUAGGGAGCGGGGGGGGGGGGUCGGGGAACGGUAGGGAGCGGGGCGGUCUGGGAGUUCUAGGGAGUGGUAAGUCGGUCAGGGAGCAG